AAAUACAUAUGUAAGAAGAACUUUUAUGAUGGGUCUGUUUGGAGUGAAAAUUGAAUCAUCAUCUCAAUCUUCACCCAUGAGAAAAUUCCAAAAAUGUACUUGCGCCUGCAGGAUACAAAAUCGUCUAUAAAAGAGGGUUCAAGCUCCUUGUCUAUAUACAAAAUAGGCGGACUUGGUUCUUCCUAAAGCACCAAAACAAAAUGAACUCCCACUUCCAUCAAUCCCAAACCCUAAGCCACCACCCUACUAAAGCCAGCAAGAAAAGGCUCGCCAGAGACCAAAUUCAGAUCUUGGAAUCAAACUUCUAUCCCAACCAGAAGCUCAAUGCAGACCUCAAGCUUGACCUUGCCUACCAACUAGGACUUCCUCCGAUACAAGUUGCAAUCUGGUAUCAGAACAGAAGAGCAAGGCACAAAAUGGAAGCCAAAGAGCAUGAAUACGAGAACAUUCAAGAACAACUACGUAAUGUAUUAGCAGAAAAGAUUAGGCUUCAGAAAGAAGUUCUCAUGCUGAAGUGUGAGCUCGACAAGGCUCAAGAGAUGCUAGUACUUGCAUCAAACCGAUCCACGACAACUCUCUUAUCAGGCUCAACAUCUGAUGAUCGUCGUGCGAACUCGCAGUCAUCUGAAAACACGACUUAUAGUUGGCUCGCUACCUGCAAGUUUCCAGAAGAGGAGCUAUACACUUGUCUAACAUUUCCUGUCAACAUGCGACAGAACAAUCACGGCCUCUUGGCCAAAUCGGUGAACCCCAAUAAUGAUACAAACAGUGACUUUAAACUGUAGAAUUUGAAAGUUGCAGGUUAAUGUUUUAUUGUUAAAAGCAAGUCUUUUAUAUAGUUCCGUUAGCAGUUCAUAGUUCAGAAGCAAACAUAUUGCAGUAAGGCUUUCUGAGCCAGUCAGUUAUGACCUUCCUGUGUAGAUAGAAGUUGCAAGAAGGCUUGUAAUUUUGUAACAUAAAGAAUACAACCUAGAAGUUUCACUAGUUGGUAGUUUCAAGUUCCUUUGUGUCUGUAUAUCAUAAUCUUGACACUUCUAGUU